UAGAGUAACGUCCCUUAGACCAAGUUAAUUUUUACUUCCAGGUCAAAGCGAAACUAGCGGAACUUGUCUUUUUAUCUUGACUACGAUUCUGUCAAGGCCAGUAGGAAACACAAAUGCAACUUCUUUUGAUGCAGUGAGUAUUACGAUGAUGAAUUGUCGCUUUCCUCAUCCAGAUGCUUCGUACACUCUCUUCUGUUUUCCAUGGGCUGGAGGAGGAUCAAACUUCUAUUCAGCAUGGGGAGAAAAGAUCUCAGAGAACGUAGAAGUUGUUGGUAUCACACUACCUGGUCGGGAAUCUCGAUUCAAAGAACCUUGCGACUACACUGUUCAAAGUCUUGUUGAUGAAAUUUCAGCUGCCAUUCAUGAAUACUGCAAGAGGAAACCGUUUGCCUUUUGGGGUCAUAGCUUGGGCGCACUGCUUGCUUUUGAAGUAGCCCUCACAAUGAAACAAAAAUAUGGUUCAGAACUAGAACACCUUUAUGUGUCUGGAGUCUCAGCACCACAGUCACCAAUGAGAAAACAGAACCAACCCGAUGUUUCCAAAAUGACAAAAGAAGAAUUUUUACAGUUCUUGCGAAGAUUAGGCGGAACUCCACCUGAAAUAUUGGAAAACCCGGAAAUGAUGAAACCAUAUUUACCUGCACUGAGGACCGACUAUUCUUUGUUGGAUCAGUUUACGUAUGAGUUACCUGAAGGUGAUCCGCCACUGUCUUGUCAUGUCAGCUUCUUUGAUGGUGACAAGGACAAGGAACAUGAUGUUUAUGCCUGGAAGCAGCUAACAAGUGGACCAUUCAGGGUGAAGAAGCUGCCUGGUGGCCAUUUUUAUUUAAAAGACAUAAAUAACAUUCAGACAUUGCAAAAAAUAAUCAGUCUAGAUCUGAGUGAACUAAACGAAAUUCUUUGACAAAGCAUUUUGCUUAGCUGUGCUCAAAAUGAAUGGAUUCCCCAACGAAGAAUGAUUACACAAAAUGCAGAUCACAUCACAUUACGGUCACAGACCCUACUUUUUAAACACUGCAAUGUUUUUUCACUAUUAAAGCCAUUUUUUAUAAUUUAAAAUAGAAGUACUUACAUUUUAUUAUUUAGAAUAUUCAUUUUUGUACACCUGAAGUGGCUCUGGUCAUCCAAAAUGCAUUUUUCAUAAUUCUGAAAACGCACAUUCGUCUGAGAAGUAGUGGUUAUCGAAGCAAGCUCUAGUUAUUUUUAGACAGUAAUUAUCCGUUUAUAAACAUCACAGAUUUCAGCUUCUCUCUGUUAUAACCUUAUUCUGAUGUGUGGCACGUUUGUAGAUUAAUUAAACUUAGUGUCCAUUUUCAAGGGCUGAAACUAGAGUCUGCUCCUUUAAGGCCACAGCUCUGUACAUUGUGUUUUAGUAGUUUUAGUGGUAAGGAAUUUUCCUCUAUUUAUCUGUCUCUCUUUACAGUAAUUUGUUGUCUUGCCUUCACAAAGUAGGCAAGAUAUAGGUAUUACUUUUCCGACGGUGGAUUAAAGUUUCACGUUUAGAUCUGUUUAAGUGCUAAGUAAGUGAAACUUGAUUUAUAGUUGCAUCUAUGGAUGCUUAUCACAGAGCAACGAAAAUGUUUUAUGGUAGGCUAAAAAUUUACUGAAUUCUCAUUUACAAUGAUGCUCUAUUGUUGAUGUUUAAUUCAUUUAUAAAUAUUGAACGUGAUAAUUUUUAACAUUCAUGUAAGUAUGAAAUCAGAACCGGUUUACACAAUGUAUUAGCAGUGUAGCACGUUAGUGUGAAGCUGUUCAUUCAUAAGUGUGUAAAAUUGUUCUGUGUUUCAUACUUGCAUGAAAGGAAAAAAAAAAAUCACGUUCAAUUUUUAUAAUUCCAAUUUUAUAACUAUUGCAUCAAUAUAAAAUACAAUUAAAUAGUUUUUUCAGGAAAUUCCGUCAGUAGCUGUCGGUACUUGGAGACUUCUCACAUAUUUACUGAUUCAACACUGACAGUUAUUUUGUUAAUUUGAAACGUUAAAGAAAUCAGCUAAAACAUUCUAUUUAGUAGUUUCAGAUUUACUGAUAGUAGUGCAAAAGGAUGUUCAUGCUGCUAUGAAUGUUGCUUUUCUCAGUCACAUGAUAUUAUUUGGACCAAUCCAAACAUUUAUAACAACAGAGUAUUCACAGAUUGGAAUUAUACUGGGUUGUUGUUAUCCAUCCAUUCAUUCGUUCGUUCGUUCGUUCGUUCGUUCGUUUGUUCGUUCAUUCAUGCAUUUGUUCAUUUAAUCAUUCAGUCAUUCAGUCAUUCAAUCAUUCAUUCAUUCAUUCAUUACAUUAAAAACUAAUUGGAUGGAACAUAAACAUUUUCUAUUGUGUGUCAUUAAGUGGCAUAUGAUGGCAUAUGAUGAGUGUGCCUGGUAUAAAAAUGAAGGUAUAAAUCUGGUGAUUAAUUAAAUAUACCCAGUGGAUUGUUACACUGUGGUGCACAUGCUCCAAAUAAAUUAUUACAUUAUUAUGUGUGCUAGAAAUGUUUAUUUUUAUAUAUACAUAUAUUUAUAUAUAUAUAUUGAUUGGCUGGAACUAAUUGUGUUUAAUAAAAGCAAAAUAAUGUUUAUUUACCAACACUGUGGUAUGUUGUUCAGACCUCACCAUUUAGAGGGAGCUAUUACUUUGGCUCUCUAUCACUCCCCGAGACUAGUUCAAGGAGAGCAAUGUAUAACUCCUCUUAGUAUGUCUAUUUAUAUGGUAUCAACAUGGCAAUAUUGUAAAUGGUUCCCCAUAAUCUAACAGAAGCAGUUAAUCACUCCCCUCAAUUUCUUUUUGAUAUCAAAUCAAAUCAAAUCAAUUUUAUU